AACUAUAAUUUGAAUUUCAAGUUAAGUGUAAUGCCAACGGUUUGUGAAGUUAACGCUCCUUUCGCCCGGCGUUUAUUUGACGAGAAGUGAAUGAUAUUUUAUAGAGAAAACUCUCUUUGUAACGCACGAAAGUAUUGCCUGGUGUGGCUACAAAUAUUUUGAUCAAACAUCUUCCAGCAAAAUGGUUUUCAAUAAAAAAGAUGCAGUAAGAACGUUUUCUCCAUAUAAAGUUAAAAAACUUGGACGAAGAAGACAUUCUGGAACAAUUGCCACAUCCAGACCAAGCACUAGUGGAAGUACUACUCCGGCUGUCCAUGCUGAAACUGGAUCCCCAACUGCAGUCAGGGUAAUCGUUCGUGUACGUCCUCACAAUGAACGCGAACAGCAAGACAAUUUUAGAACUGUUGUCAAAGUUAUUGAUGAUAAAAUGUUGAUAUUUGAUCCGAAAGAAGAGGAGAAUCCAUUUUUUUAUCGUGGUGUUGCACAGAAAGGACGAGACUUGUUGAAGAAACAAAACAAGGAGCUGCAAUUUAUUUUUGAUCGUGUUUUUGAUGAGACUGCUUCAAAUACUGAUAUAUUUGAAGGUAGCACUAAAGAGCUUAUUAAUGGUUUACUUGAUGGGUAUAAUUGUUCAGUGUUUGCGUAUGGUGCUACUGGUGCUGGAAAGACACAUACAAUGCUGGGAAAAGAGGAUGAUCUUGGUAUAACAUAUCGUACAAUGGCUGAACUAUUUAUGCAAAUAAAUGCUCAGAAAGAUCAACGUGAUUUUACACUGGGUGUGUCUUAUUUAGAAAUAUAUAAUGAAAAUGUACAGGACUUACUUCAGAAAGGUAACCCCUUACAAAUACGCGAUGAUGGAAGAUCUGGUAUCAUUGUUGCUGGACUUAAAGUGAUGGCCAUUCAAAGUGCAGAUGAGUUAUUAGCUUUGCUGGCCAAAGGGAAUAAAAGUCGUACGCAACAUCCCACCGACGCAAAUCAAGAGAGCAGUCGUAGUCACGCUGUCUUUCAAGUUUAUAUUAAUAUAAUUAAUAAACUAGAUGGUCAAGUGAAGCGGGUAAAAUUGUCUAUGAUUGAUUUGGCUGGGUCUGAGCGUGCAUCAGCAACCGGUUGCAAAGGUGCUAGAUUCAAGGAAGGUGCCAAUAUUAAUAAAUCCCUUCUGGCACUGGGUAAUUGCAUCAACAACUUAGCCGAUGGUAUAAAACAUAUACCUUUCAGAGAUUCCAAGCUGACACGACUUCUGAAGGAUUCACUGGGCGGUAAUUGUCAAACAAUAAUGAUCGCGAACGUCAGUCCAUCGAGUCUUAGUUAUGAAGAUACAUACAACACUCUGAAAUAUGCAAACAGAACAAAGAAGAUUAAGAGUAACAUCAAGAAGAAUAUUGUCUCCUGCCAGAUGCAUGUCACAGGCUAUAUAAAAAUGGUUGAAGAGCAAAAGAAAGAGAUUGAUCUACUGAAACAAAAAUUAUUGACAUAUGAAAGUGGUGCCAUAGAAGUAUCGCCAUUGCGAAAAGAGACUGUAACUGUUAAGGAAGAACAGAAUAAGCAUAUCUCUGAAUUGGGGAAUCGAUUACUGAAUCUUCUUGAGAACAAGAAGUCACUAUAUGAAAAAGUUUUAUCUCUUGAGAGCAGUGACAAAAUCUUAUGCUGUAGGAUUCAAUAUAAAAAAGCAGCAGACUCAAGAUUGUGUAAUUUAACAUCUGCCAUUGAUGCUUUGCUACCAGAAGAGCAAAAUGCCAGUGGUAAGUUACGUGUGAAUAAGUCAAUGCAUUAUUUCAAAAAACAACGAGAUGCAAUCAGGAAUCAAAUAGAUUCGUUGUGGAAUGAAUUGAGGAAUCUUGAGAUAGAACUACGUGAAUUGAAUUCGCAUAUUCAUUCUAAGGCCUUUGCUAGUAAAUAUGCGGACAAAGUCGCACUGCAAGCUUCAGAGAUAAGACGGUCUGUUGUCCAACAACAAUACGAUCACGUGAAGAAGAUCAGCAGCCUGCAGCAAUGCGAAAUGCAGUCUCUUUCUACUAUGGUCAAAACCAUGAGUACUACUUUACAAAAUUACUAUAACAUGAUGAAUGGUUAUGGUACUAUGACUGAUAAAAUGAAGAAUGAAUUCAAGCAACUUGUUAAAUCUUUAGAAGGAGUCAGGAACAUCAAAUGGGCUGAUUCAAAUACUACGGAUAAGGAUGAAGAUUUUUACAGUAUGACAUGCCUAAGCAUUGACGUUUUAUCAGAUCCUAUUAAUAACGAUUUUCCAAUAUUUUCGGUAUUUCCUUCCGAUGAUGAUGAAAAUAACAGUGAAGUCGUAGAAAACAAAUUAAUGGAAUCAGCUAAAUCAUCAUCUUUAACAGGCUCUGAGCCUCAAAAUCUCACAAUAACGUAUGAUGAUGAAAUGAAACUUGAAAUGCCAGAAUGUGAUGACAAUGAAACAACGGAAGCAGGUUUCAUAAAUCCUGAGAAAUUAAAUAACACGUUUUCCUGUGACGACCACAAGGGUAAGAAGCGUAUGCUCUCUGAGAAAAAUCAGGAAGAUAUUAAACAGCCAUCUGCCAAGCAUGCCAAGAAGUUGAUUACUAAUGGAAAACCAAAGUCUUCACCAAAAGCAACUAACUCGACAGGCAAGGAGAAUAAAACCAUGACGGUGAUGAGUAGCAAGAGUAUCGCCAUAUUAAAUAAGUUAAAAAAUAAACAAAGUGGCUUCCCCUUAUCAACUAUGAAGACCGUCGCUCCCGCGGAAUCAUCGGCGGGAACAUUAAAAGUAGUUCGUGAUAAGGAAAGACGAGGAUUAGUUGCGACGCAUCCUUAUCAGAGACCAAAUACAAAGUCAAAAUAUCCUGCAGCACCACCUUCCAGUAGAGUUCCGUGGUAAAAAUGACCAUUUUAGAUAAAGACUUUUAAAUACAAAAAAUAAGGUGUUUAAGAACAUAAGAAGAAUAACAAAUAUAUUUUAGCAUACAUUUUGUAAAUUCAGAUAAUUUACGGAUUACUCUAUUCUAUUAGCUAUGCUAUUGCUGUUUCAAAAACCACCCUUUUGAGAAUGUAUAUCUACUAAUACAUGAGUCCUAUUUAGAUUAAUAAUGAUAUUUAGUGAAGUGCACAUGAUAUUAGUACUAUUGAAUAUAACUUAUAUUAUUUAUA